AUGAAUGGACAACAUCUUGGUCUAAUAAUAAUGUUUGGGUUAACAUUCAAAGCUGAAAGAUUUGUUUCAGCAUUUGAUAAUGUUAAGAAGACGAUCAUGUUUUGUCGAGUGAAAUGUAAACGAUAUUUAGUUCGAAAUGGUUGUCCAAUAUGUGAAUGUAAUCCAUUUGUAUAUGAUCAACCAUUUACUAAUAUAACUUGUAGUCAUAGUGAACGAAAAUGUUUAGUAGCUGGUAGUAUAUGUAAAACUCAUUCAUGA